AUGGGGAUGACGCCGUUUCAGCUCGAGGCGUGGAUCGAGUACGCGAUUGGCAUCACGAUACUGUUCUCGCGCAUCAUAUACCGGACGAAGCUGGUGGGACGGAACUGGGCGGGCGACGACUACUUUGCCGUGGCGUCGGUGUGCUUCCUGACGGGCGAGACGGCGAUGCUGCAGGUGAUAGGACAAUGGGGAUCGAUUGUGGGCAUGACGGACGAAAAGGCGCUCAAGCUCAGCGAGCACGAAAAGGCCACCAUUGUCAAGGGCGCCAAGGCGGACAUUGCGGGCUGGUGUCUGUACAUUACCCUGAUCUGGUGCCUGAAGGCGUGCAUGCUCUUCUUCUACCGCCGACUGACCCUCGAUACCUUUCAGAAGCGCCUGGUCCUCGUCGCGGGCGUCGCGUGGAUCUGCUCCUACGCGGCCACCAUUGGCGUCGUCCUGCUGCGCUGCCUGCCCUUUCACCGCAACUGGCAGGUCUACCCCUACCCGGGCGACGAGUGCGGCACGCCCAACCAGAUUUUCCUGACGCUCGUCAUCACCAACGUGACAACGGACCUCCUCAUCCUCUACAUUCCGCUGCCUCUGCUCUGGGUCGUCAAGAUUCCCCUCGCAAAGAAAAUCAUAUACUCCCUCUGGCUCACCACCGGCAUCUUCGUCAUCGUCGCCAGCCUGCUCCGGUGCGUCCUCUCGAUCCGCUACGCCAACGAGGUCGACGUCUCCACCAUCUGGGCCAUCCGCGAGACCUUUGUCGGCAUCAUCUGCGUCAACGCGCCCAUCCUCGGGCCCUGGCUCGUCAAAAAGGGCAGCAGCUGGGCGCACAGCAUCUCCUCGUCGCGGCACUCGUCGAGGAACAACGACCACAACGGCGGGCUGCCGACAAUCAUCACCAUCGGGCAGCGGAGCAUGCGGCUGGGCAGGCUGAAGAAGGAUGGCAAGGGCGAGGGCCGCACGGGCGCGACGACGGGCUGGACGACGAUCAACGAUAGCGACGAGUGCGUCCUGGGGCUCGGUGGUGGUGGCGGCGAGGGAACGGCGGCUGGACGGAGCAAGGACGACAAGACGGCCGUUGGUAAGACGGCCGUGACGUCAAUGGCGGCGUCGUCGACGACGGCGGUCAACGACAUGGUCUGA